GAAUAAACCUUUUAAAUUCCAGAUGUAAAGUUUGAGCAAAGAUGACAGGAUAUUCAUAAUAGCGCCAUUCUCACCAAAGACGAGAAGACAUGGAGAACCAAGAACAGCCAUCGCAUAGCGGCCAGAGCCUCUGGCCCAAUCACAGCCAGGGAAAUAUUCAGGAGGUCACUGCGGCAUCAGUAUUCGCCACAUCAAGCCCACAGGUGGCGUACACGACCCAGUCGUCGUUUGUGAGUUCCUUCUCGCAUGGUCAGUUUGUUGACGGCCAGUUCCAGCCUCCGACGACCAUGUAUAGAAUUGGGGGACAGAGCUAUCAGAUAGCUCAUACUGGACAGGAUGUAUACCAGCCUCCCCACUCUUCUUACGAGAGAAUCUCCCCAGUCGAGGAAUACGCAGAGCCGUCAACGACCACUGACACUUUGCAACAGUUCCAGCACUUACCUCCAGAUGGUGCCUCACAGAUGAUCAGUGUACCAGUGGACAGUACGAACUUGCAGAGGGCUAGUUUGGGCUACCCAAUGCAAGUCCUUCUUGAAGAUGGGCGUCAGAGCAGCUCACCGAUCGUAAACCGCGGCAUGUCGCCAGAUGAACACAUUGCAACUCAAUCACCGAUGUCCAUGUCUCAGGGCCAAGAUCCCCAGCUGGUUCAUAGUUCUCGCCUCAUCGAAGUCGUCCAGGCCCAACCUGGGCAGGGAUAUUCGCCGAUACCUAGUCCGAGGUUGUCGUUGAUGACGUCGGGGUCUGGGAUGUCAACACUACAGUAUGCGACGCAGUCGGAUGGGCCUUCCAGCUCGGAUGGGACUGGACUGGUCUCUGCUGAGCCCACUGACCAGGAGACGGACCAAGCCGUCAGUUCUAUCAGCCUGGCCCUACAGGAAUCGGUCGUGCAAACGUCCAUGAAGGCUAUGCGACGAAUGGAAUCUUACGGUAACGAGCCUGACACGACCCAAACUGACAGCUCUCAUCCUUACGAGAAAUUCAACUCACCUCACGACAACAGCCAAGGUUACAUCCCGCGAGGUUUAGACGAUGGAAGCCAGGAUCCGAACUCGUUGGGCUCGACUAUCAAUUCGACAACAUGCACUGCACCGCAACCCUCAACCUCACGGUCGAUGGGGCAGCUGCCGUACUUACACGACGGUAUGCAGGAUAACGACCUCGUCUCCAGCCACGGACGUUUGUCCGCGACCCUGGACACGACAACGGGAGCAGACGGUCACAGCCACCAUUUAAAAGACAUCAGCCGCGACCUCGUCCUCGUCGACGACUCCCAUAGCGGUGACGUAGGACUUGACAGUCUAGAAUUCCAUCAUUUUCGACGCGAUGCGCCGAUUCGGAAGUCUAUCCGCAUUAGCACGACCCUGGACGGAUCCCAGAAACCCCGUGCGAAAUAUGUGCCCGGCCCUUACCGGACUGAUGACUUAUGGUGCGAGGAAUGUCAGCAGUCGUAUUCCAGUGAAUGCCCGCAUCACAAACUCACUCUAGUAUACGACAAGGUCGUCCUGUCUCGGGCGUGGGCCAGCCUUCCCCCACUCCUACAGAUAUUUCGAUUGGGCGAAACCACGGAGCUUGGCGUGUUUGCGAAGAGGACGAUUAUGCCGAUGACGCAAUUUGGACCGUUUGUAGCUGAGGUGGUGAAGGAACGAAUGUCUGUAACAAACCAGGGGUUCUUUUUACAGAUUGAUAACUACAAGGACACAAAUGAAUCCGUCUACCUCGAAGCAACAGACGAAAACAAAUGCAACUGGAUGAUGUUCGUACGUCCGGCGGAAAACUACGCCGAACAAAAUCUCGUCUGCUACCAACAUCAACAGGACGUAUUCUUCACAGUGACGAAGGAGAUUGAGGGGAAACAGGAGCUCAAGGUCUGGUACGCGGCACAUUACGCCAAAAAUAUCGGCAUGAAGGUCCUGUACCCCACGGAGGAGGAUAUUCAGGAAAUGGACGAGAGAGAGAAUAAGUGGCCGUGCUUCGAUUGCAACCGGAAAUUCCGAUCGUCUGCCCAGCUACAGAAUCACUUGCUGGAGCACGAGAAUGAUGGCGAGGCGGCCGCGGGGAGUGCCGAGGAUGAUUUGAGCAGCGGCGAGGGCAAGGGGUCGAAGAAGAAAGGUUUCCCGCUCAAAUCGAGCAUUUUGAAGAAAAAGGUCUCAAAACCUAAGCAUGAUGCCUUACUCAACUGGAAGAAGAAGAAGAGCAUGUUUUACCUUAGCAAAUUAAAACGUCAGCAAAGUGAGGCGUCCAAACCAAUGAAGUCCUUAUUCAAGAAACGCGAGGGCGAAGGUGAGGGUGGCGGGAACGAAUGGGUCUGCACGCAUUGCGAUUUGACGUUCGAUAAUUCGAAUUUGCUAAAUCUGCACACGCUAACUCACGCGGCGGAAGACGUCGGGCUGGAGGAGAUCAACAAGCUAGCAGGAGUUGCGGUUUUCCCGACCGAUUUUACUGGUGCGAUUGACUCGUCGAGUGGGGAAGUUGAGUUGCAGCUCCCUCUGCAGGAACCUGAGGAAAACGUUGGAAUAUUGUCACUGGAGGCUGAAACGUCAAUGGAAUGUCCGCUCUGUAAGAUGUCGUUCGUGUCGAAACGAGAGCUGAUUGAGCAUGCCAGCAGUCAUGGGAAGACUAAGAAGAAAGAUGUCGCCACCAGUAAACCGUAUAAGUGUGAACAUUGUUGGAAGUCGUUUAGCGUCCAGGAGCGUCUGACGAAGCAUCUGUUAGUGCACGGAGACGAGGACACGAAGCCACUGGAAUGUGAAUACUGUCAUAAGAGAUUUAUGAACAACUCUGCCCUUUCUUGUCAUCUGAAGACACACUCGGAAAAGAAAUACUUCGAAUGCCCCAUCUGCCGUCAAGGAUUCGACCAGAUAGCUGCGCUCAAGACUCACACGGUCGGCCACGAAGUGAACGGUAUCUACACGUGUCCGGAUUGCCAGAGGCCGUUUGAGGAUUACCACCUCAUCCGGAAGCAUAUCCGGGCGUUCCAUUCGGACAAGAAGUAUCCGUGUCCGGAAUGUCCGAAGAUAUUCCCGCGGCCGGAUAAGCUGAAGUUGCACAUGCUGCGGCAUUCUGAUCACCGGGAGUACAUGUGCGAGAGUUGCGGGCGCCAGUUUAAGCGCAAGGACAAACUGAAGGAGCACAUGAAGAGAAUGCAUACGGCUGAGCGCGAAGCUCGCAUGAUUAACCGACCCAUACGCCCCGGAGGUUCAAAGAAAUUCAUACCAAAAGUCUCGCCCACGGACUACCAUCGCUUCAUCUAUAAAUGUCACAUGUGCUUGCUGGGUUUCAAGCGCCGAGGAAUGCUCGUGAACCAUCUUGCCAAACGGCAUCCGGAGACGAAAAUCGACGCCGUACCGGAACUGAAUCUGCCCAUUUUGAAAACGCAGCGUGAUUAUUACUGCGCGUAUUGCGAGAAGGUUUAUAAGUCGAGUUCGAAACGUAAGGCACAUAUCGUCAAGAAUCACCCCGGGGCUGACCUGCCGUUAAGUUCGCGUAAGAAGAGUAUUAUUCAAGAGAUACCCGGUUUACCGAAUCCGACCUACUCUCAGGCGGUCGGGAGUGUGACUACGGUACCGCAUAACUGCACGUUUUGCCACAAGCAGUACGCCAGUAAGGCCAAGCUUCUGCAGCACCAGCGCAAGAAGCAUUCUGGGAUGGUGCCACCGGCGCAGCCGCGGCGCCGGACCGGUAUGAUCGGCGAAACGGUCCUGGAGGUCAAACUAGACAAAGGUCAAUUUGAUGAGAACGUUGACAUCCAAGCAGCUGACCUCCUCACCCAAGCGAUGAGCGAGCUGACGCAGACCCUCACCGACAAUAACCGUCAACAGCAGUUUGCGGAUUUCCAACUCGCGUCGCCGAGGAUCGCUCCAGGUGGCGCCACCUUGGUUCAAACAAACGUUCAGCCGGGUUCCUCAACGAUCGAUAUAUCGCAUCUCGGUCAAGCUUUAGUUCAUGCUGCGCAUUACCAGGUGGGGCAGCAAGGACAACUAACAUCAGUCGCGUCCAAUGAAAUACAGCCGGGACAGGCGACCGUUGUCUUGUCAACGUCCGUACCAAAUUCAAACGUGCAGACGAUCACAGUUCCGACGUCUGCCCUGCAUUCACUUGUCCCGAGAACUUGGACGAAUGCAACACAGUUCCAGACUUUCCGAUAAAUUUGUUUACAAAAUCUUGAAGCGACGUUUACACUGGUUGAUUAGGCUAUUAAUGAAUUGGCAAGGCCAUGUAAAUUAAUUUAUUGUUUCUCAUCCUAACUGUUUCUCGAGAACAAUUUAGUCCCUAAAUUGCUGUUGUGUACUUUUGACAGGAUCUGUUUGUGGUGAUAUGGAAUGAAAUAUAGUCUUAUUUAUGUCCGGGUAUUAUAAUUAUAUAUUUGUAUAAAAAAUAGAUUAUGCUCUACAUGUAUUUUAGGAUGUUGGAACUGUCUCAUGAAAAUUCAUUGAUUGUCUGGAGCAACUUUUUGUCUGGAAUUUGAUUAAAAUGUUUCUGAUUUAUGUAUUGUCACCCUGGUGAAUCUGCGCCCCCACUCUCUACUGGCACGUCAUAUCUCCGUGGAGGAGUACGCCAGUUCUCCAUGGAGGAGUACGCCAGUUCUCCUUGGAGGAGCAUGCCAGUUCUCCGUGGAGGAGUACACCAGUUCUCCUUGGAGGAGCAUGCCAGUUCUCCUUGGAGGAGCAAGCCUGUUCUCCAUGGAGGAGCACAUCAGAUCUCCGUGAAGAAGCAUGCCAGUUCUCUGUGGAGGAGCAUGGCAGUUCUCUGUGGAGGAGCAUGGCAGAUCUCCGUGAAGAAGCAUGCCAGUUCUCUAUGGAGGAGCAUGCCAGUUCUCCAUGGAGAUCAGUCUAAUUUUGCGGGAAAAGUACCAAGGCACAAGAAAACCUGAUUGAUGGAUUACUAAAAAAUUAAGAUGAAAAAAUGAUAUUUCGAAUGAAAAAAAUUUGAUUGGGUUGGGGUGGUAUAAAUUUACUUUCUGCGUCCCUGGAUAUUUUUCUGUGAAGUGUUCGCCUGUGAAAUGUAAUGUGCCUCAUCAUGUCUUGUCUAGUAUUUGUAUUUAUAAAUCUUUGGGAAAGAUGAUGGUGUCGAGUCUUGGAAUCUUAUUGUACUGUCGUUGUAAACCACAUAUUUGUCAUCUUAAAAUUGUCGGGCUAAACUUAUUCCUUGCUGAAGAUAGCCCCGUGACCAAACUCCGUCACGGAUGACAAAAAUCAAAUUGUUAUCACACCAGGUGGAGGAAGCCACUGCCACAACAAACCAGCAGCAAACAAAAGACAUAGUCACGUAUCACAUGAUCUUUUGUUCGUUGUGCCUAUAUUUGGUUUGUUUAGACCGCGCAGUGGCUUCCUCCACCUGGGCCGACCGAAUCAAAACACCGAUAGCGCUAACAGGGCCUAACAGAGAAUAGUGUAAAGCAUUUAACCAUUACACUAUACUCUGUUAGGUCCUGUCCGCACUAUCGGAGUUUCAAUUCGGUCGGCCCUGGUGUAAAAGGGUCUGGAAGGCCCCGGGCAGUGGCGGCUUUAGCACCACCACCUGGUCUAAUGGUUUAGGCUACUGUGAAGCAUAUCUCGCAUAUCGUCCUGGCCAAAUGUAUUAACCAUUAAAUUUCAGUAGCAAACUCAAUACUUAGUUUAUAAAUAAGUAAAAAAGAGCAAAUUUACCAAAUUUUAGUUUUGUACUGAUUUCAUGGUUUCUUGUAUCAUUUGAUCUAGUCUCUGGUGCUGGGCACAACAUCAUGUACAGUGGAACCUCCCAUAGCGGACACCUCUUUAUUAAGGACACCCUCUCUGAUAAGGAUACUAGUUUUGGUCUCAAAGCUGUUGUUUACAUUCAAUUUGACCUCUCUAAUCAGGACACCUCUCUAUUAAGGAUAGCACUUGUCAGUCCCGAGGGUGUCCUUAAUAGAGAGGUUCUACUGUAUAUCUUGACAAGAGGUUUGAAUUAUA